GCAAAGUAUUUGUUACCGCAGCAUUAUUUUGAGAUUGUUGAAGAAAGGAAUGCAGAUAACUUGUGUGGGUACCCGAUUUGUAACAAAGAUCGUCAAGAAAUUCAAGGACAAUUUAGAAUUUCUAACCAAGCAAGGAAAAUUUAUGACAUUUCCGAGUUAAAAUGUUAUUGUUCAACUGUGUGUUUUACGUCUUCCAAAUUUUUUGUAACACAAUUAUCCGAUGAACCUGUAUAUAUGAGAAAUUUGGAAAAUUGGAAAUCAGUCAAUGUUAUACCAUUGGGCGUAGAUUUAAGAGAAAUCAUUAAGAAAGAAAAAUCCCCAACUAACCUACUCAUUAAAGAAGAUAUCAAAUCAACUUAUGUUAAAGAUAUGUUUGCUACCCUUCCACCUGCUCCUCCUGGACUGAUCAUAAAGGAAAAAAAUGAUAAAGAAAUCGAAGCUCCAUCCGUGCCAACUUCCACUAAUGAUGCUAACGCGCAUGAUGCUAUUGAGGGAUUUCGUAUAGGCUUUCAAGGAUUAUCGAUUUCAGAUAGUGAUAGUAAGCCAACUACGUUAAUAUUGUCAAAGGAUGAACAAGUCGCUAAGAACAACGCGUCAAAAACUGACGAAGAAGAUUAUGAAAUGGCAAUGUCGCUAGCCAAUUCUAUGUUUCGUAAUGGAAAAUUUCAUUAUCAAGAUGAUGAAGAGCAUCAAAUUGUUUCUGAUAAUAUGAUAUCUAAUUCAAAUUCAAUAAAGACAAUUGAUUCCAUAAAAAAUUAUAAUGAAUUAGUUGAUCAACCAACAUCUAUUGAAUAUAAAGGUUCUCGGGAUUAUUUGGAUGAAUAUUCAUCUAAAAGUCUACAGAAAUCGAAUAAUUCACAACCACCACUUUCACCUGAAAAGAAAGCUCGCAAAAAGAAGAGAGUCAUGUUGCAAAUGUCAUUAUUUGGAAAAAUAUGGACAGCUUUGGAUAGAAUGUCCACGCCAAAUACAAGACGAUAUUUUGAGAGCAUAAAUGGACAAUUCGUAGAAGGCAAUGGUGCGAUUCCUUGGCGUCAACCCAUAACGAAUGAGAAUGCGUUAAUGAGAAUUCAAAUCUUUUCCGAGAAAAUUAUUGAAUGUUUUCAUCUUCUCAGAAAAAAUCUUGCGAUUACUACCGGUAUAGAACGUGAACUUAUCAACCUAAUGAGCACCUUUACAUUUGACACUACAACAGUUGUGUUUAAUGAUUUAGAAAAUAAUGUAUUAUGUAUGGUAUUUUUAUACGCGUUGUCAAUGGAUAUAACUGAACUGCGUGAAAAUAUCUUUCCCGAAAAUUCAUCAUCCAAGAAGGAUGAAGAAUAUCAAUUCAAAACCAUACUUAAAAAAAUGAAUCUCACGAUUGAAGAAUUAGAUGCAUUUGUAAGAGUGCUUCGUAUUGGUCCAGUCUAA